AUGGCUGGGCUCCUGGGGCUCCAGCUGCUCCCCAUGCUCCUUGUGCUCCCCUGCAACCUGGCUGCCCAAGAGGUGUGGCAGUCCCCCGCCUACACGAUCGCUUUAGAGGGGGACUCUGUCAACAUCACCUGCUCCAGCCGGGGGCUCCUGCUUGGCAUCUACCUGAAGCAAAGGUGGCCGAAGCUCAGCAACGUGAUUUACUUUGAAAACGGGAAGGAGCCCACGGUGGACCAGCGGUUCCAGGGCCGCAUCACCUUCUCAGGGCUGCAAUACAACCUGACCAUCAGCAUGCACCACCUGCAGCUGGCCGACACCGGUGACUACGCCUGCCAGGCCAUCAUGAAUGAGGAGGUCUGGGGCCCUGGGACGUUGGUCGUGGUGACAGAAAAACUGCCCCAAACAGUGAACACGUGCCCGGAGACUCAGCUGAUACUCUUUGCCCUCCCCACAGCCCUGGCUGUGGGCUUCUUCCUCGUCGGGCUGGGGCUGGGAGCAGUGUGUGUGCUGAGAAGGACAGAGAUCCAGAAACUUUGCUGUGCGAAGGAUAAGAAUUUGGUGUGCGUGAUCUACGAGGACAUGUCCCACAGCCGCUGUAACACCAUCUCCAUCCCCAACCAGUACCAGUGA